UUCCUAUGUAGCCAUCCGCCACGAGGAAAAGUAGUCCCCCUCCCGAGCUGACCUCAGCCCCCGCAGGCUAGGCAGCCUAUAAACUUCGAGAGUCUCUCGGGACCCGUCUACGGUUCUGAGCCCUCUGAGAAGCCUUCUAACACCCCGCAAAUCUGUCUUUCCCCGGGGGCGGCGGCGCAAGUAGUUCCGGUUCAAGGGAGGCUGAUGGGUUCCUCCGCGACGGGGGUGAGAGGAUGGCGACCUCGUCGAUGCCGGAGUCGGAGAGCGACGCAGCAGCUAGGGGCUCAGAGUGAAAGCCUCAUACUCUGCGCGUCGCUGUCUGGCGGUGCCCCGAACCCAUGGAGGAGAACGAGGUGGAGAGCAGUAGCGACGCGGCCCCCCGGCCUGGCCACCCGGAGGAGCCCUCCGAGAGCGGCCUGGGUGUGGGCACUUCGGAAGCCGUGUCCGCGGACAGCAGCGACGCGGCGACCGCCCCAGGAGUGACGGAGGCCGAUGACUCUGGCGUAGGGCAGAGCUCCGACAGUGGCAGCCGCUCUGUGGAGGAGGUAUCCGAGAGCGUUUCAACAGACCCCUUGCCUCAUGGCUACCUCCCUGAUUCAUCUUCUGUGUCCCGGGGAACAGUGGCAGAGGUGCCAGGCGGCCCCCCAGCCCUGGUGCAUUCCAGUGUUCUCCCAGACCCCAGCAUGCUGGUGUCGGACUGUGCAGCUUCCUCUUCAGACCUAGGUGCUGCCAUUGACAAGAUCAUUGAGUCUACCAUUGGCCCGGACCUCAUCCAGAGCUGCAUCACUGUGACCAGUGCUGAGGAAGGAGGAGCUGAAACCACCCAGUACCUGAUCCUGCCAGGCCCGGAUGAUGGUGCUCCCAUGACAUCACCAAUGUCUACUUCCACCCUGGCCAAUAGUCUGGCAGCCAUUGAAACCCUGGCCGAUGGCCCCACAUCCACAUCUACAUGCCUUGAGCCUCCUGAGGAGCCUCAGGGAGAGCCCCACUCUCUAGCACAGCCACCGCCAGCCUCCGACACUGACGAGCUGGACCUGCAGAGCCUGGAGGCCAUGAUGGAGGUGGUGGUUGUGCAGCAGUUCAAGUGCAAGAUGUGCCAGUACCGGAGCAGCACCAAGGCAACCCUGCUCCGCCACAUGCGGGAGCGGCACUUCCGGCCAGUGGCGGCGGCGGCAGCAGUGGCAGCUGGUAAGAGGGGCCGUCUCCGGAAGUGGGGCACGUCUACCAGGACCACAGAGGAGGAAGGGCCGGAGGAGGAGGAGGAGGAUGACAUUGUGGAUGCUGGGGCCAUUGAUGAUCUAGAGGAGGACAGUGACUAUAAUCCAGCUGAGGAUGAGCCCCGGGGCCGGCAGCUACGGCUCCAGCGCCCCACCCCCAGCACCCCAAGACCUCGUAGGAGGCCUGGCCGACCCCGAAAACUGCCUCGCCUAGAGACUUCGGACCUCCAUGAUGGUGUAGGAGAGCCUCUGGUGAGUUCCCAGAGCACACAGAGCCCUCCAGAACUGCUGGAUCUCGAGGCUCCCAGCUCCUCGGGCCCAGGAUGCCUAGGGGUCCUGGGCAAGGUGAGGAGGGGCCUGGUGGAAUCCAGUGUGAGUCAGUCCGAUGCUGAGAACACAGCCCACUCUUGCAAGGAUGAAUCUGAUGCUCCACCCCGCCGCCGAGGGCGACCCUCCAGGAGGUUCCUAGGGAAAAAAUACCGAAAGUACUACUACAAGUCACCCAAGCCACUGCUCAGGCCUUACCUGUGCCGCAUAUGUGGCUCACGCUUCCUGUCCCACGAGGACCUGCGCUUCCACGUCAAUUCCCAUGAAGCUGGCGACCCACAGCUCUUCAAGUGCCUGCAAUGUAGCUACCGCUCCCGCCGCUGGUCCUCACUCAAGGAGCACAUGUUCAACCAUGUGGGCAGCAAGCCCUACAAGUGUGACGAAUGCAGCUACACCAGUGUCUACCGGAAGGAUGUCAUCCGACAUGCAGCCGUGCACAGCCGGGACCGAAAGAAGAGGCCAGAUCCGACCCCAAAGCUGAGCUCUUUCCCUUGCCCAGUGUGUGGCCGUGUGUACCCCAUGCAAAAGAGACUAACGCAACAUAUGAAGACUCACAGCACCGAGAAGCCACACAUGUGUGAUAAGUGUGGAAAGUCCUUUAAAAAGCGCUACACCUUCAAAAUGCACCUGCUCACACACAUCCAGGCUGUAGCCAACCGCAGGUUCAAAUGUGAGUUCUGCGAGUUUGUCUGUGACGACAAGAAAGCACUGUUGAACCACCAGUUGUCCCACGUUAGCGACAAGCCCUUCAAAUGCAGCUUUUGUCCCUACCGAACCUUCCGUGAGGAUUUCCUGCUAUCCCACGUGGCUGUCAAGCACACAGGAGCCAAGCCCUUUGCCUGUGAGUACUGCCACUUCAGCACUCGCCACAAGAAGAACCUGCGCCUGCACGUCCGAUGCCGACAUGCCAACAGCUUUGAGGAGUGGGGACGGCGCCACCCUGAGGAGCCCCCCUCCCGCCGCCGCCCCUUCUUCUCUCUGCAGCAGAUAGAGGAGCUAAAGCAGCAGCACACUGGGGCCCCUGGCCUGCCCGCCAGCUCUCCAGGGCCCGAGGCCCCCCAAGAGCCAGCACCUUUCCAGUCACCUGAGACUCCCCCACUACUCUGUCCUGAUGCCCUAGGUGGUGCCACAAUCAUCUACCAGCAAGGAGCUGAGGAGUCCACUGCGAUGGCCACCCAGACAGCCUUGGAUCUGCUGUUGAACAUGAGUGCCGAGCGGGGACUGGGGGCCACAGCCCUGCAGGUGGCUGUGGUGAAGUCCGAGGGCAUGGAGGCAGAGUUGACAUCUACUGGUAGGCAGCCUUCCCCUGAAGACCCCACUCAGCAGGUGGUGACACUUCAUGUAGCAGAGCCAGGGAGCAGUGUGGCAGCUGAGAGCCAGCUCGGCCCCCCUGACCUACAGCAGAUUGCCUUGCCAUCUGGGCCAUUUGGUGGGGCCAGCUACAGUGUCAUCACAGCACCCCCUCUGGAGGAGAGGACAUCAGCUCCUGACACACCUUACAGCGAAGAACCCCCUGGGGAGGCAGCCCAGGCUGUGGUUGUGAGUGACACCCUCAAGGAGGCUGGCACCCAUUACAUCAUGGCAGCUGAUGGGACCCAGUUGCACCACAUCGAGUUGACUGCAGAUGGCUCCAUCUCCUUCCCAAGUUCAGAUACUCUGGCCUCUGGAGCCAAGUGGCCCCUGCUACAGUGUGGAGGGCCACCCAGAGAUGGUCCUGAGGUUCUGUCUCCAAUGAAGACCCACCAUGUGGGAGGCCCCCAGGGCUCUUCCACCCCACCCCCUGCAGCCAGCAGUACCCUGGGCCUGGUAGUACCCACCUCCCCACCAUCUGCAGCAACUUUGUCAACAAAGAAGUUCUCCUGCAAGGUAUGCUCGGAGGCCUUCGCUGGCCGAGCAGAGAUGGAGAGUCACAAGCGGGCCCAUGCCGGGCCAGCUGCCUUCAAGUGCCCUGACUGCCCCUUCAGUGCUCGCCAAUGGCCUGAGGUCCGGGCUCACAUGGCACAGCACUCAAGCCUGAGGCCCCACCAGUGCAAUCAGUGUAGCUUUGCCUCCAAGAACAAGAAGGAUCUGAGGCGGCACAUGCUAACGCACACCAAUGAGAAGCCUUUCUCAUGCCACCUCUGUGGGCAGCGUUUCAACCGGAAUGGGCACCUCAAAUUCCACAUCCAGCGGCUACAUAGCAGUGAUGGGAGAAAGACUGGGGCUUCUACAGCCCGAGCCCCUGCCCAGGCCAUCAUUGUCAACAGUGAAGAGGAAACACUGACCACACUGCACACUGCCCUCCAGUCCAGUCAUGGAGUCCUAGGUCCAGAGCGGCUACAGCAGACACUGAGCCAGGAACACAUCUUUGUGGCCCAGGAACAGACAGUGACUAAUCAGGAGGAAGCUACCUACAUCCAAGAAAUCACCACGGCAGAUGGCCAGACAGUACAGCACCUGGUGACCUCUGACAAUCAGGUUCAGUAUAUCAUCUCUCAGGAUGGCGUCCAGCACCUACUGCCUCAGGAGUAUGUUGUGGUCCCUGAUGGCCAUCAUAUCCAGGUCCAGGAGGGCCAGAUCACACACAUCCAGUAUGAGCAAGGGACCCCAUUCCUGCAGGAGUCCCAGAUCCAGUAUGUACCUGUAUCCCCAGGCCAGCAGCUUGUCACCCAGGCUCAGCUUGAGGCUGCCGCACAUUCUGCUGUUACAGCGGUGGCUGAUGCUGCCAUGGCCCAAGCCCAGGGCCUGUUUGGCACUGAGGAGGCAGUGCCUGAACACAUCCGACAGCUGCAGCACCAGGGCAUCGAGUACGACGUCAUUACCAUCACCGAUGACUGAGCCGCAAAGGCCCAACGCUGAUCUUGGAUAUCGGGGCCAGCUCUCCUGUAGUCUAGGGACUUUCCUGUCCUACUUAGGGCCUCCAAAUAUUGGACAGUCAGUGUCCCUUGACUCCAAAGGAGCCAGACCUGUGCAUUUGGGGGGCAGCCAUGGGCCCCAGCCAGGACAUGCUGGGUGCUUUAGCCUGCUGGCAGGCUUUGGGAGAGAAAUUUAUUUUUGUUUGGAUGGACCCACUGGUUCCUCAGUCUCAAUAAAGGGACCAGAGUCCAGCUCUUGUAGCUCUCUUUGUACACGUGCUAAUAACCUGAACCAGGUAAGGGCCAGGAACCAGGCAGAAGUCUCAAGUGGAGGCUACCUGGCUCUAUUGUCAGCUGGCCCACUUGUUACAGUGGUCCCAGUACAGGCCAGACCAGCCUGACUCAGGAGAGGACUGAACUAGAGAACCCUGCUUUCCCCAUGGGCUCCCUGUCUCCAGGAUCUCAAAGGGCAGGGACUAUACUUCGAGGCUCUACUUCCUCCUGAGCCUUGACUGUAGGACAUUUAGCAGCCUGCAAGUCUGGUUUAGGCAGAACCCAGAGAUACCCAGGCAGGCUCAGCUGUAGUGCUCUGGACUCCUCCAACCUGUUGAGCUCAGAAGCUGCUAGGGACUCAGACCUGCAAGGACCCAAGGAUGGAUGGGUGUGAAAGCCUAGGGUUCUUGAUAAGGGGCACCUAGAUGGGGUACAGAGUGGUCACAGAGGCAAUCGCCCCAAGACCCUCACACACUCUUGGGGAGUUUCUGUAUUUCCUUUUACAAAUGAAACAAGGCAGCAACAGGGUCGGUGUGGGGCUGGGAAGGCAUGGGCCUAUUCACAAGGGACUUGGUGCAUCUGAGGGGUGAGAGCAGGGAGGGGGAGCCCUGGCAGAGUCAUAAUAUUCCUAUGUCCCUGGCAGCCCAAGUCCUGCUGCCACCCCAGGGGAGGGCCCUGAGGACCGAGUCCCAGCAGGUCUGGAACAGCACCCCAGGGCUCCUCCUCCCCGCAGGAUGUGUUAAGUGGGGUGAGGUUCUCGACUAGGGCCCUGUUCCCGGCCUGAGUCCCGGUCCUUGGCCUCUGAGGAGGAGGAGGAGGAAGAGCUGGAGCCGUGGCUGCGGCCCGACUGCUUGUAGGCAGUGGUGAGCUCCUGCAGCCGCUCCGGCGUUGGCCCCCACUUGGCAAAGCCGGGGUCAUUCUGCAAGAAGAGCACGGCCGUGUUGUGGACGGCCUUGUAGUGCAUUUCCUCCCUGUGGGCAAAGGCAGCUGCUCAGGGUAGGGCACAGACUGGCCUGCUCACCCAGCCUGCCAGCCUGACCUGGCUUCCUUCCCCUGCUGCCCGGGCACCUACUUCUUGCAGAUGUGCUGGGAGCCACUGCGGUACUCGUGCUCAAAGGCAGGCAAGACCAGCUGGUGGCGUUUGAAGCGGCUCUGCUCCAUUCGGGUGAGCGCUGGCGUGGGGGGCUCCCGCCACUCGGGGAUGAACACAAUGAAGGACAGGGGCUCUGGUGAGCUCUCCAGCAGUUUCUGUGGGAGGAAGAGUAUGGGGUGGAGAUGAGGUGCGGCCCUGAAGGGCAGUUUGCAAUUGUGCCUGCCCCGUCAGUUGGCAGCACACCCACCUCAAAGUGAGAGACCAUAGCAUCCAUGAGCUCCUCGCAGAACGGAGGGUUGGCCUCAAAGGAACCACUCAGCGGGGCGAAGUCCAGGCAGGGCCUACAGAAAGGUGAGCAUUGUAGCCCCGCCAGCAGCACCCAGUCCCUCACACAUACUGCCCCCGCCUCUAGACAGCCACGGUGAAGAGAUGACCAGUCGGGCCAGAGGCCAACAUUCACCCUUGUGCUAGGACAAGGAAGUGACCCUGCCUCUCCAAUAGGUAACCUGAGAACGGAGGCUAGGUGUGUGUACCUGUGUCCACUAACUUGAAUUAGAGUCCAAAGCCACCACAGCAGACGCCACACCCAGGGCUUCCCCAGCUGACGAGCACAGGCCUCUACUUGUCCAUCUAGCACUUUCUUCCUAGUUUGCCUGGUCGUCUAUGCUCCUCACCCUGCUACUCUCAAGGUGCUCUCCCUUCUCAUCCUUCAAUGCCUGGAGCCAGGGGUUCCUAAUGCAAACCUAAGCCAAUUCACAGAGGCCUACAGGCCAGCUUAGGCUGUGUCUGUUACACGGUCUGCCCAUGAAACCAGAGAAGUGGAGGCUCCCAGAGCUCCCUCAGCGUGUAAAUAGUGUGCACACAUGCUAGACAGGGAAGCAGGGGCUACCUUCAAGACUCCCCGGCUCCAAAGCCCUAAGCCUUAAGACGCUACUGGCAUCUUUGUGGGCAGAAGGGACCCAGCAACCCCUGGAUCUCACCCGCGGGAGCCAAAGUAGCCAUCUGUGUCAGGGAAGGCAGAACAGUACUGGCGGAAGUAGCAGUUGAGAGGGGAGGCGAAGCACUCAAAACUGACGCCGAAGAGUCGGUGGAGGGCCUCGAAGACGUGCACAGGCAGUGACCCCUGCAGGCCAGUCCCCUCGUAGAGGCCCACGCCAAACAUCAUCUGCAGAUCAGCCUUAGUCAAUGUGAGGCUCAGGCUUCCUGCUCCCUUCCAAGGGAGCCCUCCCUGGCCCCAGAGCUGUACCUGGUAUCGACGGAGAAGACACCAGACUCGAGGCAGGAACCUCUCAAAGGCUGAGUCAUCAACACAGCUAUAGCGAUAAAGGAGCCACUGCGUGACAGAAAGAAAGGGAUUAAGCAGUGAUCUGAUGACCUCAUUCCUGGCCAGCUGCUGAGGACUAUGGUCAAGGAAGAGGCCAAGCCUCCACUCACACCAUCAGCGUGGGCUACCCCAGCUCUCACCAGUUUGCUGAAGUAGCUGCGGCUGACCUUGACCAUCUCUCCCUUAUACCGGAUGCAGACCACACUGUUCUCCAUGUGCAUCUCCACACUAGGCAUGGGGGGUGCCGACACAGCCAGACGAACUGGGUAGCAGUACACCAGGCGGGGCUCCAACUCUGAGGCCUCCACCUCAUCUGUGGGCGAGGAGGACAGCCCUUGUACUUACUAUGCCAGUGCUCACACAGUUUCCGUCACAAAGGAAACAGCCAUUUAAAAAGCCACCAGGCAACUGGCAUUAACUGGUGGCAUGUAUUAGUACACUCGGCAUUGAAGCAGGCUCCAUUUGCAAUGCCUUUGGCCUGCCAGACAAUUGAAGUAUGAAAACUGUGGCCUCUGUCUGGACAGUUGAGUUUGCUUACGUAGGGAUCUUUGGGCCUCUGUGGUUUUUUAUAUGAACACUCACAUUAUCAUGGCAGGUAUUACUACACUUGGGGCUGGGGAAAGCAAAGUUGUAGGGAUAUGAUCCAGGUCUGCUUAACUAACUGUAGGCCCAUCUUUCAUAAACUUCUGGCUCUCUGAUUCUCAUUAGUUCAUUUCCCAGGGGAGUACUAACACCCCAGAGCCAAAGGACACAACAGGUUCUAUCCAACAUUACUCCAAGAAAUGGGUUCUCCCAAAUCAGUCCAGUCCCUGUCUCUGAGGCACAGCCUCACAGGGUCCUUCAACCAGGGCCUAGGACACAGGCUAGAUGGCAUUAGAGCUGGCUUGCCAUUUCAGCCCUACCUGGGAUGUUGUUUUCCUUGAGGAUGGCGAGGUGCUUCUCUCGGAUCCGUUUAACAUACUCCAGGGAGAUGUGGUAGAUCUUGCUGCAGAUGCCUUCCACAGAGUCCUUGGCUGCAGCAGAGACAUGGGGCCCACACUGCCUCCGCAGGUGCUCCAGGCGGUCCUGGAGAAAAGCCCUGGUCAGGAUACUGGUGGCCCAAGGGCCUCGGUGGGGCUGGCAGGUGGAACUCUUGUGGGGGUAUUGGAUCCCAGAUGUCCCAGUUUUGAAAGUGGCUCUACUGUUUACUAGCCAUGUUGCUUGGACUUCUCUGAAUCUUGUUCCUAUCAAGGGAAUUGAAGCUAGCAAACAGGACAUUGUGAACAGUUAGUGUCAUCCCCUUGAUCCACCAAGCCCGUCCAAUGAACGGCUGCAGUUUUUGUGGCAGUUCCAUGGGCAGAACCCAAGAUGACUGGUGGACGGGCCCGCAGUGUACAGCGCUGGCCUUCCACUGGAGGGCUGCUACAGCACAGAGAACUUGGUGCAGACUUAAAGGUUGUACUUUGAAGUCCUUGUAAAGAAAAUGAUACCUGUGAAACUGCAACGGGAGAACAGGUCACUCUGGCCAGGGCUCGACCUGUGUGUGUCACCACAUGUCAAGUACACUUAAUGUUGUCAUGUGUAAAACGUGUCUAUGAGAAACAGUCCUGAAAAGAAAGCCCAUUGCAAGUGCUGAUGGAGAGGGAGAAGUGACAGGCACGGGCCAGAGAACAGAAGGGCUAUAGAUACACUAAGAGCAGGGACUGAAUCUGAUGGUGGCUGGCUGUUUUUCAGUAUUUCGUCUGUGUGUGAUAUUAGUGUUUACCAUCUCUUAUGUCUGGAUACCAAAUGCAUGCUUGGUGCCCCCAGCAGCAGAAGUGGGCAUCAGAUCCCUUAUAAUGGGAGCUACGAACUGAAGCCCAAUUCAUUGGCGGAGCAACUAGUGCUCUUAACUGCUGAGCAUCUCUUCAGCCCCUAAAGGUGGCUUUUAAUUGUAACAUGGAUACACACAAGAAAAGGCGGA